AUGUCAUUACGUCCAAGUGCUGUGCUUGGCGGCUUCAUGCUGCUUCAAGCAGUCACAGCCGCCGACAUAUUGUCUCUGGUGGAUCCUCUUAUUGGGACGACUAACGGCGGACAUGUCUUUGCGGGAGCUACGCUUCCUUUUGGCAUGGCGAAAGCCGUGGCGGAUGUCAAUGUAGAGAAUCAAGGUGGAUUUUCUACUGGGGAUGUCACAGGCAACAUCACAGGCUUUUCACAUAUGCAUGACAGUGGAACUGGGGGCUCCCCUUCACUCGGCAACUUUCCCAUCUUCCCUCAAUCAGGCUGCCCUGACGACGAUGUAAACAACUGCGUAUUCCCUAUAGAUCUACGAUCUGUCCCACGAAUCAACGGAACAGCAGAGGCACACCCUGGCUACUUUUCCAUUGAAAUUGAGACAAAGAUCCGGACUGAAAUGACAGUAACGAAUCACACAGCCCUCUACCGAUUCACAUUCCCAUCGCAGCCCGCAGAAAAGAAUGCCACGCUCAGUCCGCUCAUCCUAGCUGAUCUGAUUGAUCUUCCCCAAUCCAGAAUCAACGGAUCGAUCUCUGUGGAUGGCGAGACAGGUCGAAUCUCCGGUAGCGGAGUCUUCAGCCCUUCAUUUGGCAUUGGCAACUAUGCCACCCACUUCUGCGCCGACUUCUCCGGUGCCAAAAUUCGCGAUACGGGCGUCUUCAUGAACAACCGACCAGGAACAGAGCCCAAGAAUCUCACCGUUGUACAAGACGGCAUCAACAACUCCCCAGACCUUCUUCCAGCUGGAGCCUGGACGAGGUUCCACGCUCCUGAGAAUAACAGCCAGAUUCUCGCAAGAGUUGGUGUCAGUUUCAUCAGUGUCGCUCAAGCAUGUCACAACGCCGAGACGGAAAUUCCUGAUUUUGAUUUUGAAGGCGUUUAUGCUGCUGCACAGCAAGCAUGGACUGAUACGCUCGGUGUGUUUGAAGUCAAGCCGGGAGGUGUUAAUGAGAGCUUACAGAAAGUUUUUUGGUCGGGGUUGUAUCGCGCGAGCAUUUCGCCCCAGGACUAUACGAAUGAGAACCCACUUUGGAAUAGCACCGAGCCAUACUACGACAGUUUUUACUGUAUAUGGGACAGUUUCAGGAAAGUUUUUAGGGACUAG